AUGGAGAGUUGGAGUGUUUCAGAAAAAGAGUGGAGAAAAGGGCCUUGGACUCCUGAAGAAGAUAAGCUGCUUGCAGAAUAUGUAAGUCAAAAUGGUGAAGGGAGAUGGAGUUCUGUAGCUAGGUUUGCAGGGUUGAAUAGGAAUGCAAAGAGUUGUAGGCUAAGAUGGGUAAACUACUUGAGGCCUGGACUAAAAAUAGGACACAUAACACCUCAAGAGGAAGGAAUUAUUAUUGAGCUUCAUGCCCUUUGGGGAAACAAAUGGUCGACUAUAGCUAGAUACUUGCCUGGAAGAACGGAUAACGAGAUAAAAAACUACUGGAGAACUCGUUUCAAGAAGAAAAGAAAGACAUCUGAAAAGCAAGAAAGCAGAAAAAUUAUUUUACAAACACAAGAAAAACAAACUUAUGAGGAGAAGAAGGUGGAAGCCAUAAACAAUGAAAGUGUGCUUUUCGAGGCAAAGGAGGAACACGAAGACGCCGUGAUGGAGUUGGAGAAUGAAAUGUUACCUACUAUGUACGAGGAUUUCGUGUCCUGUCCAGAUACUAUCCCAAUUGAUAGUUAUUUAUGGGGAGGGUUGUGGAACCAACAGUUGAAUAAUUGCAGUAAAAUGGCUACCGCUAAUUCUUGUGAGCCAGAUGCCAUUAGGAUUUAUAGUAACAGUGGAGGAUAUAUUUACUGA